ACUCUAGCCACGUUGGAAGUGUUAAAAUAAAAUUCAAAAGCGGCUUUUAAAAGUAAAAAAUUAAUUAUUUGUUAAAUGCAGUGGUUGAAUCCGAAUAAGCACUAAAAAAAACAACAAGAUGAAAGUAAAAGACUUAGAAAGGAUGGCGAAUAUCGCCUGGUCCCCAAUCACCAUAACCCCGAUUUAUUUAGCUUCCGGAACGGCGGCUCAACAAUUCGACGCCUCGUUCAGUACAAACGCAGCGUUAGAAAUAUUUUCGUUAAAUCUUUGCGAUCCUAGCUCGGAAAUGGAGCAAAAAUCAAACGUCCAAAGUGAGCAUCGUUUUCAUAAAAUUAUUUGGGGGCCAAGCGGUGGUGAAUAUGGAACUGUGAUUGGUGGUUGCGAUAACGGGGUUAUCCAAAUUUAUAACGCGUCUAAAUUAUUAAAAAAUGAGCCGGGUUUAAGCGCCUCCCCACAUAAACAUAACGGUCCUGUUAGCACAAUCGAUUUUAAUCCAUUUCAAGGAAAUUUAAUCGCUUCUGGAGCAAGCGAUAGCGAAAUUUACAUUUGGGAUUUAAAUAAUACAAAUUCCCCGAUGACUCCGGGCGCGAAAUCGCAACCCCCCGAAGACGUCGUUUCGAUCCAAUGGAACAAACAGGUUGAGCACAUAUUAGCGUCAACUUUUUAUUCGAAAUGUGUUGUUUGGGAUUUAAGAAAAAACGAGCCAAUCAUUAAAUUAACCGAUACGAUAUCGAGGAUUCGUUGGAAAACGGUUGCUUGGCAUCCGGAAGUUGCAACCCAACUUUGUUUGGCUUCCGAGGAAGAUCAAGCCCCGAUCAUUCAACUUUGGGAUCUACGAUUCGCCACAUCUCCUUUAAAAACGUUGGAGAAUCAUCAACGGGGAGUUUUAUCAAUCGCUUGGUGUCAAAGAGACGCGGAUCUUUUAAUUUCGAGUGGGAAAGAUUCGCGGAUUUUGUGUUGGAACCCAAAUUCUGACCGACAAGGGGGUGAGGUGUUAUCAGAAAUUUCAAGGACGAGUCAGUGGAAUUUUGAUGUUACUUGGUGCCCAAAAAAUCCCGCUUUAAUUGCUACAUCUGGUUUCGAUGGGCAUGUUUCUGUGUUUUCUUUGAUGGGGGGAAAAGUUGCGCAAAUUCAAACCACGAAUAAGAUCGCUGAUAGUUUUCCAGGGAUGGAUGGUUAUGUUCAAGCCCCUGUUCAACAACAAAACGUCGCCCCAAUUAGUGUUGAUUUAAGCAAACCUCCAAAGUGGUUAAAACGGCCUGUUGGAGCUUCGUUUGGGUUUGGUGGGAAAUUAAUAACGUUUUUGAACGAAAAACCUCAACCAGGAGUUAACGUUGGCGUUCAAACUCCAACACAUUUAGUUACAAUUAGUCAAGUUGUGACAGAAACUGAUUUAAUUAAUAAAUCGAUGGAGUUAGAGAGUGCUUUAGAGUACGGAAACUUUUUGGAUUAUUGCCGAAAUAAGGCGGAUCUUAGUUCGGAUCAACACAAAAAAUUUAUUUGGCAUUUUAUUCGGGCUAAUUUCGAGGAAAAUCCUAGAGCUGAAAUUUUAAAUUUAUUGGGGUAUCGAAUCGAUGAUUUAAAUGAAAAAUUAAAUGGUGUCGUUAAUAAUAAACAUGAUAUCGACCAAAUUACGGAUGGAUUUGAUAAUAUUAAUGCGCAAGGAGAUGAAUUUGAAAUGAUUUCGAAAUCGAUCGAAAAAAAGAACCAAGCGAAGUUUAAAAUAGAAACGGGUGAUGAUUCGAAUGGAUUAAUAACGGAAGCUAUUUUAAUGGGAAAUGUGGAAGCUGCCGUUGAGUUAUGCAUUAAAGCGAAUAAAUACACGGAGGCUAUUAUUAUAGCAAGAACUGGAACUCCGGAUUUAUUCAUAAAAACUCAAAGUCGUUAUUUGAAACAAGAAAGCAGUUACCUUUCUUCGUUAAUUUCGGCUUUAGUGUCGGAGGAUUGGAACACAGUUGUGGAAAAUUGUGAUAUUUAUUGUUGGAAGGAAGCUCUUGUUGGAAUUUUAACGCAUUGUAACGACGAGGAUUAUCCUAGGUUAUGUGAGAUGUUGGGUAAUCGUUUAGAUCAAGAAAGUGCCACAAAUCCUAAAUUUGCUAAAGAUGCGCAACUUUGUUACAUUUGUUCUGGAAGUUUUGACCGCUUGGUGCAUUCUUGGAGUGGAAAAGAACGAUUUUCUAGCGAUGAUUUACAAGAAUUAGUUGAAUUAGUUAUGUUUUUACAAAGAAGUAUAGAAAGACAAGGAAAAUCUGUUGAGAUUACUGGUGGAUUAGCCGAUUUAUUAUCAAAUUACGCCUUCAUCUUAGCUUCCCAAGGAAGCCUCCAAUCAGCGUUAAAUUACCUUGGUUCAUCUCAAAACGAAAAAGUGGCCGAACUCCGAAAUCGCCUCCACGUCAGUUUGGGUCAAAAACCAGGUUAUGUUCAACGAACCCAGCAACGAACCAGCAGCACUCGAACUUCGUUUAGCAAUUACGCUCCACAGCCGAUUCAAAACAAUCAAUUUCCAGUUCCAUUUAGCAAUCAAUUUAAUACGAACCCCAUUAAUCAACAACAACAACAACAGCCGUGGCAAGCUCCUCCGAAACCGUUUUCUCCAGCUCCCCCAACUCAACCACCUCGCCCUCCAAGCGUCACCGGAACUAAUAGUCAAAGUGGUGGUUUAGGAAAUCGCGCUAAAUACGUUGUUGAUCCUUCCGUUCAAUCCAACACUUAUCAAAGAAACCAAUUUAAUUCUAAUCCGAUAUCAAAUUUAGGACAAAAUCAAUUUAAUCACGAUCAAUUUACUAACGAUAUUUCUAAACAACAAUUUGGAAAUAAUUUAUAUCAAUUUCCGGUGGUUUCGGAGGUUUCGAGGAUGCCAAAUUCCGUUUUAAAUCCGGUUAUUCCAACUCCUUAUAUGCCGGGAAAUACUUUUUCGAGUGCUAAUUACCCAGGACAACCCCCGAUCGAAAUGGGACAAUCAGCUAUUAAUACAUUGCCGAAAACCAGCGCCCCCGGAUGGAAUGAUCCCCCAUUUUUUAGCAAAUCGAGACCACAGCAAAAACAAGAAAUUCUCCCUCAAGAUCCGAUAACACACCCAAUUUAUGGUUCAGCACCCGUAGCCCCCAUAAACUUCCCUCCACCAAAUCAAUUUAAUCAACAACCCCAAAUUCAAGAACCACCCCCAUCGAAUAUCUUCCAACCAAUGAUGCCUCCUCAACAACAACAACAUCAAGGUGGUUUUAACCCAAGUAAUUUUAAUACUCAAGCUGUUACGGCAUCCCCGUUAGGAGGGCAAAGAGUUUUAACGACUCAACAAAUUGAAAAGCCCAGUCAACCAAUGAUGAUUCAAAAACCUCCGAUUCCCGAGGAACACAUCCAUAUGCAAACGGUUUUUGACGAGCUAAGAAAUAAGUGUUCCAUUACUAGUAAUAACCCACAAACUAAAAGGAAAUUAGAAGAUGUUGGAAGAAAAUUGGAGAGUUUAUACGAUUUAUUAAGAGAACAUAAAUUAUCUCCAAACACUUUACAACUAUUACAUCAAAUGGUUCAAAUAGUUCAAAACGGGGAUUAUUCGAAUGGUUUAAAUUUGCAUACGCAAAUGGUAUCAGGGCCGGAUUUCGCCCAAAUAGCCAGUUUUAUGCCGGGGGUGAAAGUUCUAUUACAAUGUGCUUUACAAUUACAGGUGUAUAUUAGGUAAGAAACGAAAAAAAAAAGAUAAUUGCUCGUUUCCGCCUUUACCUAAUCCAUAUUAAGUUUUUUUUGUUUUUAUUUUAAUUUUUGUGUUACGCAUCAAGUAUAAAAUAGAAUUAUUUUUGUAAGUUGAUUAACGAUGUAAAUGUAACAUAGAGUAUCUUAAUUAUAAUAUUAUGUAUAUUAUUGGUCCUGAGAUUUUUUUAAAUAAAAUUUAUUAUAAUUGU